AUAUCCGUAUAGGAGCGACAAAGGUAGCGAGAUUUAGAGCGCCAGAGAGUUUUGGAAAUGGAAGAGGCUAAAGGAGUGGUGAAGCACGUGUUACUCGCUAGGUUCAAAGACGAGGUAAAAUCAGAUCAAAUUGAUCAGCUCAUCAAAGGCUAUGCUAAUCUCGUCAAACUCAUCGAACCCAUGAAGUCUUUUCAAUGGGGCACGGAUGUGAGUAUUGAGAAUCUGCAUCAAGGUUUCACUCAUAUCUUUGAAUCUACCUUUGAGAGCACAGAGGGUGUUGCAGAGUAUGUAGCUCAUCCUGCGCAUGUUGAAUUUGCAAACUUGUUCCUGUCCCAUUUGGAUAAAGUUCUUGUGAUAGACUACAAACCUACUACUUUGCGUUCCUGAAUUGUACUGGUAAUUCAGUCAUCAACUGUAUUGCUUUUGUUAUCUCUGGAUAUUAGGUCCAUCAUCUUGAAUAAGAUUGGAGAAUCAUAUAAAUGUAAUGCUGAUGAUGGUGAAAUACAUUAUGCUGUAAAUCUAAAUAUAAGAGAAUAAUUGGAUACCCUCACAUUCUGUCUGUUUCUUUUCACAUUAUAGCUUUUGGAAUGUUUUUAGAUUAUAAAUUGAACUAUGUUGAUGAAAGAUAUUGGUCAUCUGGGCCCCUUAUUAUCCAUAUGUUCAAUAAAUAUAUGCUUGCUU